CGUGUGGCAGGGCCCGCUGAGGAUAGGGCGGAGAGAAGCGGUCUCCAGGUGGAGGGGGCACGGAGAGGCGGACCCGGGCGUGUGGAACGGGCUGGGCCUCGUGGAGUGAAACAGCCUUGUGCGCGGAGUGGGGCGGCCGGUGGUUGGCCUUGAUAGAAUGAUGGCGUUGACAGAUCCGGGCUUGUGAGCUCGGGGUUGCGGGAGCCAAAGGAGUGCCGGGUCCAUAGUACCUGUCCCAGUGGUCACCUAUUAAGCUAGACCCCAAACCGUGCCUCUUGACACCCCUCUGGAGCUGAUCCAGGCCGCCCUGCGGACCCAGGAGUGCCAGACAACGCGUGGGGCAGGCAUCCAAACUGAGCCGUCCACGCCCCACCACGGUUCAGAAAUGUGGUCCUCAGCGUUUCCAAGCCUGUUUCCUUCUCUGUGAAAUGGGGAUGAUUUGAGAGGUCUGUUUCACAAACCAGUUGGGUGGAGGAGUGAGAGAGGCAAUGGAUCCAGAGUUCCUGCCUCUGGGAAUUUGUGGCUAGCUGUGAGGAUUCUGCGGGUGGACGGAUAGCCUUUGGCAGCAAGUAAUAGGGACACCAGAAGUUUAUAUAAACCACCAGGUGACUUUUCCUAGUAAUACAAUGUUACAAUGUGAUGUCUCACAAGACUUGAGCCUCUCAAGGGCCUAUCUAGUCCUUGUAGUUCUCUCUGGAUGCUCAUCCCUUUCCUGCUGGUGUUUUUCUGCUUCCUUCCCUCCUGCUGGAGGGGGCAGUGAGGCUUCUGCCAUACAUUAGCUCUGAUUAGCUUUGCUUUGGUCAAGGGUUUCCCCCUGCUCAGUCAGCCAUGGCCAAGGAGGUCAUUCAGAUUCUGGGAGAUAAGUUUCCAUGCACUUUGGUGGCACAGAAAAUUGACCUGCCAGAGUACCAGGGAGAGCCUGAUGAGAUUUCCAUACAGAAGUGUCAGGAGGCAGCUCGCCAGGUGCAGGGGCCCGUACUGGUGGAGGACACCUGUCUGUGCUUCAACGCCCUUGGGGGCCUCCCUGGCCCCUACAUAAAGUGGUUUCUGGAGAAGUUAAAGCCUGAAGGUCUCCACCAGCUCCUGGCUGGGUUUGAGGACAAGUCAGCCUAUGCGCUCUGCACGUUUGCACUCAGCACCGGGGACCCCAGCGAGCCAGUGCGCCUGUUCAGGGGCCGGACCUCGGGCCGGAUUGUGGUGCCCCGAGGCUGCCGGGACUUCGGCUGGGAUCCUUGUUUUCAGCCUGAUGGAUACGAGCAGACGUACGCAGAGAUGCCCAAAGCUGAGAAGAACACCAUCUCCCAUCGCUUCCGGGCCCUGCUUGAGCUGCAGAAAUACUUUGGCAGCCUGAGUCCUCCGGUAGCCGGUGACAGUCGCUCUGGUGGGGGAUCUGGGGAAACCUAGCCCGAAACCUCCCCCAUCAGGCACCCCUCCAAGUACUUCCUUCAGGGUUCCCACUUGCUAGGGGUGUUGAGACCACCUCACCAGCCCUGCUUGGAGGAGCAGCUGGCUCUGCUUGGAGAAACUUUGGGCAGGGACACCAUUUUCUUGCCCUCGGGGAUUCAGUGGUCCCUCCUGCAGCCCCUGGCUUAGGAUCCUAAAAGGACCUUGGAUGUUAUCCUGGCUACAUCAGGAUGGAGAUUUCGGGAAGAACCACGCAAAUAGCCCUAGAUGUGUAAAAAAUGCAACAAGUAAGAGUACUGGAAGACACUUGUCUCCAAAAUAAACGAUACGUCCAUUUUGAAACCUGC